CGCCUUCCCUCUCUUUUAAAAGACACCCUGUGCUUUUUCUCUCCCCCUCUUUACCCUUUUGCGUUCUCUCUCUCUCUCUCUCUCUCUCUCUCUCUCUCUUCGUCUUCGUGUUAUCGUGCUCUUCUCAAACAAUCUCCUCCUCACAGUUUCGUCUUCUUCUCGAUCUCAUCACUGGCAAUCAUGAGUGACCAAGGAGAUAGGACUUGUCCUCUCUGUGCAGAGGAGAUGGAUUUGACAGAUCAGCAGUUGAAACCUUGCAAAUGUGGUUACGAGAUAUGUGUCUGGUGUUGGCACCACAUAAUGGACAUGGCUGAGAAGGAUGACACAGAGGGGCGAUGCCCCGCGUGUCGAUCUUCUUAUGAUAAGGAAAAGAUUGUUGGGAUGGCUUCAAACUGUGAGAGAUUGGUGAAUGAAAUUAAUAUGGAGAAGAAAAUGAAGAAUCAUAAAACAAAGUCUAAAUCAUCUGAUGGGCGGAAGCAGCUAAGCAGUGUGCGAGUGAUUCAGCGGAACCUUGUUUACAUAGUUGGCUUGCCUCUCAAUCUGGCAGAUGAAGAUCUUAUCCAGCGGCGAGAGUAUUUUGGUCAGUAUGGUAAGGUCUUAAAAGUGUCAAUGUCUCGGACGGCAGCUGGUGUCAUUCAACAGUUUCCGAACAAUACUUGCAGUGUAUAUAUUACUUAUUCAAAAGAAGAGGAAGCAAUUCGUUGCAUUCAAAAUGUACAUGGAUUUGUAUUGGAGGGUAGACCUUUAAGGGCUUGUUUUGGAACCACAAAAUAUUGUCAUGCUUGGCUUCGAAAUAUGCCUUGCAGCAAUCCUGAUUGUCUAUAUCUGCAUGAGAUUGGUCCUCAAGAAGAUAGUUUUACAAAAGAUGAAAUAAUCACAGCAUACACUAGAAGUCGAGUUCAACAAAUCACUGGUGCUGUAAACAAUAUGCAACGGCGGUCAGGGAAUGUAUUACCCCCUCCAGUGGAUGAUAACAUGAAUAAUUCUUCAGAAAAGCCCAUUGUGAAAAAUGCUCCAAGUAACUCUGUUAGCACUGUAAGAGGUUCACCUCCAAAUGGAGUCUAUGGGAGACAUGUAGCUCUUCCUGCUAGUGCGGCAUGGGGUACCCAGGCUACAAAUUGUGAGCCCCCUUUUGGUGGUCUAUCAUAUCCAAGUGGGCCGUCCAAGCCAAAACCUGAUACAGUCAGCAGUACACUAGCCUUUUCUGCAGCUGUUACGGGCACAAUUCAGGCUUCUGCAUUGCAAAGUGAUGGAAAGAGGCCACUAUCUAGUGAUGGGAGUCAUAGUAUGACAGCUAGAGUAAAAAAUGAAUUGUUGAGACCUGUGAAACAAUACAAUAGCAUGGACUCUCUGGCCAGUGCAGGUGAAAAAACUUCAGCUUUUGAUGUUUCUCCUGUGCCCAUGUAUUUGAGCAGCCAGUUGUCUUUACCAUUGUCCCUAGAUAGUGAUAGAGGCAGUUGUAGUACAGCAAACACAAUAAAUUCUAUUAACAUAACUGGACAGUUGUGUAGCUCUGGUCCUGAGGAAGCAAUCACUGCUACCAAUGAAGAGAUUCAGAAUUUGUCCAGUGAGUUGUCCUCCAUUAACAUUGAUAGAAACACCUCAAAUGAACACUAUGGUAUAGCCAAACCUAAUAGCCCGCCUACUGAUUAUGUCUUGAUAAAAUCUCCUCAAAUUCAAGGAUCACAGCAUAAUAGUGACAGAUUUAGAGAUGUAACAACUACAAAUGUUGCUGGUAAAACUCCUACAUCAGAUAAUGGGGUUUGUUAUUCAAGGGAACAGUGUGGUUGGAGAUUGGAUCCUCAAUCUCAAGAAAUAUCAGAAACUGUUGAAGUGGAAGAUGAUGUAAUGUCUUUUGAUAAUCAAAGACUCAAGGAUCCAGAAGUUGUUUGUCAUUCUUAUUUGCCAAAGUCAACAAAUUUCCUUCAUAUAUCAAACCAUUCUAGCCCUCAUCUUCUGCAGCAUGGUGAACUCUGUACUGCUGUAAAUGCUGGUUCUCUAUCUGCUCAUGAUAGUGUUCAGGAUGAAUCUAUAUUACAUGCUUCUAGCAUAUUAUCUAAUGGCUGCCCUGAGAAAUUGGUUAGCGGCAGCUCUUAUGGAUUGCUUCGUGAUGAAAGAAAUGGGCAAAGCAUUGGAAGACCAGUUGGUGAAGCAGUAAAUGCUGGACAUGAUGCUGCUAUGGACAAGGGUGAAAGUAGUAUAAUUUCAAAUAUUUUGUCCAUGGACUUUGAUGCCUGGGAUGACUCACUAACAUCACCUCAUAAUUUAGCUAAGUUAUUGGGCGACAGUACUGACAACCCUUCUGGUCCUUUAAAAAAAUCUAGCUCUUGGAAAGUUCAAAGUAACAAUCAGUCAAGAUUCUCUUUUGCAAGACAGGACGAGUGCAGAAUGCAAACAUUUGAUGUACAUCCAUCUAAUGGUGUCAGCCAGCAACAGCCGAGGAGCCACUCACUCAUCCAGAAUUUUGCAGAGGGGGACUUGUAUAUGGAUAAGGUGGGCAUUGCAAAUGGCUUUCCUACCAGUAACUUUGAGGAAGUUGAAAAUGUAGGCGGCAGUCAUUUUGUAGCUUCUUCUAAUAAGCUUUCUGCCAUUUCAAGAGCACAAGUUUCUACCCCACCAGGAUUUUCAGUUCCAAGCAGGCCACCACCACCUGGUUUUUCUUCUCAUGAGAGAGUGGAGCAGAAUUUUGACUCCAUAACUGGGAAUUCAUUGCUUGACCAUUCUUCCAUUUUGAGAAAUUCAUAUCAGACACCCUCAACUGGGAAUAUUGGUGGCGCUGGGGACAUUGAAUUUAUGGAUCCUGCAAUUUUGGCAGUUGGUAAGGGGAGAUUUCAAGGUGCACUAAACAGCCCAGUGCUGGACAUGCGAUCAAAUUUCAUGCCACAGUUAAAUUACUUUGAAAAUGAGGCCAGACUACAAUUAUUGAUGCAAAGAUCUCUCGUACCGCAGCAAAACCUUAGAUUUUCUGAAAUCGGGAAUACUUUUUCUCAACUUGGUGGUUCUUAUGGUAUUUCUUCAAGGUUAGAUCAGUCACAAGUCAAUGAUGUAUCCCCAUUCCCUCAGUUGUCUCUACAGCAGUCUACAAAUGCAGCCUUGUCAAAUGGUCACUGGGAUGGGUGGAAUGAGGUGCAAAGUGGGAAUGGUCUAGGUGUGGCCGAGCUUCUAAGAAAUGAAAGACUUGGAUUUAACAAGUUUUACUCUGGAUACGAUGAAUCAAAAUAUAGGAUGCAGAAUUCUGGGGAUCUUUACAACAGAACAUUUGGGAUGUGACUUGUUUCUAGCUAUGUUGUCUUUCUUAUUGUUGGAAAUGGGAAAGCCAAGCAGAAAUGGACGAACAAUUUAUUUUGCGUUAAUGAAAAUGUUGGGGCUGACUCUUCACUGGUCUAUUGGGCUACCUAAUGAUGAAGCUCCCAAGAAGUGUAAUUUAUGGCUGCAGCUGUUCUGGAUUUGCAGAAAUGAGCUGUGUUGGGAUUUUAAGAUAUCAACUGUCAAUGCUAACGUGAUCAAACUGGCAGGUAGAUCGUAGUUGUGUGUUUUCCCUUGAAAGCAGAGAGCGUGAAAACUUGAUUCAAAAUCAAAUAGAUCCGUCCCAUAUUGUUGUAAUUUUCUUUUUAGUUUAACAACCCUUGUGGGUAGAACUAUAGAGGUUUGAUGCGAAUGGUUAAAGGGAAAUUAUUUUGGCAGUGGAUUUACAUCUUGGUAGAGUUUGGUAAUCAUAUUGGGUAUGAAAUUGAUCACUUUUUUAACUGGAAA